GCCGCCGCUGCCGCUGCCUGGAUAUAGUGCGGCGAGGAGCGGAGCUUUGCAGUCACUUGGCUAGGAGGACGCAAGGAAGGAGCGCGCGGGCUGCGGGCGCUUGGGCCAUCCCGGGAGCGAAGGCGGCUGGAGCUAGUGGACGGCCUGGGCAAGCGGAAGGUUCUCUCUCUCUCUCCCUCUCCCUGGCUGGACUUAAUAACUUUGGAAGUGUGCACCAGCAGUGGCAACGUCCUGAACAUGAGCCUCCUCCUCUCCUUCUACCUGCUCGGGUUGCUUGUCAGUCGCGGGCAAGCUAUUCUUCAAGUGACAAUUUCACUUAGCAAAGUAGAGCUAAGUGUAGGUGAAUCUAAAUUCUUCACAUGUACUGCUAUUGGAGAACCUGAGAGUAUAGAUUGGUACAAUCCUCAAGGAGAGAAGAUAAUAUCAACACAGCGGGUAGCGAUACAAAAAGAAGGUGUAAGGUCAAGAUUAACCAUCUAUAAUGCAAAUAUAGAAGAUGCAGGGAUUUAUCGUUGUCAAGCAACAGAUGCCAAUGGACAGACACAAGAAGCUACAGUUGUUUUGGAAAUUUAUCAAAAACUUACUUUCAGAGAAGUGGUUUCACCACAAGAAUUCAAGCAAGGAGAAGAUGCAGAAGUGGUUUGCCGAGUUAGCAGUUCACCUGCACCUAUUGUCAGCUGGUUGUAUCAUAAUGAGGAAGUCACCGCUAUUUCCGACAAUCGAUUCGCUGUAUUAUCCAACAAUAAUCUUCAGAUUCUCAACAUCAAUAAAAGUGAUGAAGGUACAUACAGAUGUGAAGGAAGAGUCGAAGCUAGAGGAGAGAUUGACUUCCGCAAUAUCAUUGUUAUUGUUAAUGUGCCUCCAGCAAUCACAAUGCUACAGAAAUCUUUUAAUGCCACAGCAGAGCGAGGGGAAGAGAUUACAUUAUCCUGCAGAGCUUCUGGCUCUCCAGAGCCUACCAUCUCCUGGUACAGGAAUGGCCAACUUAUUGAAGAUAAUGAAAAGUAUAUGUUGAAAGGAAGCAAUACUGAACUCACUGUCAAGAACAUAAUCAAUAGUGAUGGGGGUCCUUAUGUCUGCAAGGCUACAAAUAAAGCAGGAGAAGAUGAAAAUCAGGCAUUUCUCCAAGUCUUUGUACAGCCUCACAUAAUACAACUUAAAAAUGAGACUACAUAUGAAAAUGGGAAAGUCACCCUUGUAUGUGAAGCAGAAGGGGAGCCUAUUCCAGAGAUCUCCUGGAAAAGAGCGGUGGACGGGGUCACUUUUUCUGAAAUCAGUAAGAGUCCAGAUGGGCGCAUUGAAGUCAAGGGACGGCAUGGCAGCUCAGCACUGCAUAUUAAAGAUGUGAGCUUGACAGACUCGGGGAGGUAUGACUGUGAAGCAGCAAGUAGAAUCGGAGGGCACCAAAAGAGCAUGUUCCUGGAUAUUGAAUAUGCUCCCAAGUUCAUAUCAAACCAAACAACUUAUUAUUCUUGGGAAGGAAAUCCAAUUAACAUAAGCUGUGAUGUUAAAUCUAAUCCAGAUGCAAUAGUGGAAUGGAGAAAAGAUAAAUUAAUUCUUCCAGCGAAAAACACCACUAAUAUAAAAACAUACAGUAUAGGAAGAAAACUGAUAUUGGAGAUUGCACCUACAUCAGACAAUGACUUUGGACGAUAUAAUUGCACAGCCAUUAACAAUAUAGGAACAAGAUUUCAAGAAUAUACUCUUGCUUUAGCUGAUGUACCAUCUAGUCCCUAUGGGGUGAAGGUUAUAGAACUGUCACAGACCAUGGCUAAGGUUUCUUUCAACAAGCCUGACUCCCAUGGUGGAGUUCCCAUUCAUCACUAUCAAGUGGAUGUCAAAGAAGUGACAUCAGAGACGUGGAAGAUAGUACGCUCCCAUGGAGUUCAAACAAUGGUUGUUUUGAGCAACUUGGAACCAAAUACAACUUAUGAAAUCAGGGUUGCAGCUGUAAAUGGAAAAGGCCAAGGAGACUACAGUAAAAUGGAAAUUUUCCAAACAUUACCAGUUCGUGAACCAAGUCCUCCCUCCAUACACGGGCAGCCAAGCAGUGGGAAGAGCUUUAAAAUCAGUAUAACUAAGCAGGAUGACGGAGGAGCACCUAUUUUGGAAUAUAUUGUGAAAUAUAGAAGUAAAGAUAAAGAAGAUCAGUGGUUAGAGAAAAAAGUGCAGGGAAAUAAAGAUCACAUUAUUCUGGAGCACCUACAGUGGACAAUGGGGUAUGAAGUUCAAAUUACAGCUGCCAAUAGAUUGGGAUAUUCUGAACCAACAGUCUAUGAGUUCAGCAUGCCACCAAAGCCCAACAUUAUCAAAGACACUCUUUUUAAUGGACUUGGUCUUGGAGCUGUCAUUGGCCUGGGAGUCGCUGCACUUUUGCUAAUCCUCGUGGUAACAGAUGUCAGUUGUUUCUUUAUUCGACAAUGUGGACUAUUGAUGUGCAUCACAAGGAGAAUGUGUGGGAAGAAAAGUGGCUCCAGUGGCAAAAGCAAAGAACUAGAAGAAGGAAAAGCUGCAUAUUUGAAAGAUGGAUCAAAAGAACCAAUAGUAGAGAUGAGAACAGAAGAUGAAAGAAUUACUAAUCAUGAAGAUGGGAGCCCAGUAAAUGAGCCAAAUGAAACAACACCACUGACAGAACCCGAAAAAUUGCCUUUGAAAGAAGAAAAUGGGAAAGAAGUCAUAAAUCCAGAAACUAUAGAAAUUAAGGUUUCAAAUGAUAUCAUUCAGUCAAAGGAAGAUGACAGCAAAGCCUAACAAGAUUAUAAAGGCUUGAACAACUGAAAAGAACAUUUGGAUUGCAGUGACCCUAUGACCAAAACUAUUCCACUGACCUUAAUUUCUUGGGGAAACUACUAGCUUGGAAUAGCUUGUAUA